ACACGUAAAUCAGUACAAGAAGAUGAAACUAAAGCCAUGGAGAAAGCACAAAUAGCAGAGGCCAUUGCAACUGAUGCUCAGAGAGACUUGGAUGAGGCUUUACCAGCACUAGAUGCUGCACUCACAAGCUUAAAGUCACUCAACAAAAAUGAUGUUACUGAGGUGCGAGCUUUACAGCGACCUUCUCCAGGUGUAAAACUGGUCAUAGAGGCAGUGUGUAUUAUGAAGGGCAUUAAGCCCAAGAACGUACCUGGAGAGAAGCCAGGUACGAAGGUGAAUGAUUACUGGGAACCAGAAAAGGGACUGCUGAAAGACCCUGGUAAAUUUUUGGAGGGCCUGUUCAAUUAUGAUAAGGACAACAUUCCAGAUACUGUGAUCCAGCUGAUCCAACCCUACAUGGACAAUGAGGAAUUUCAACCAGCCGCUAUUGCCAAAGUGUCCAAAGCCUGUAAAUCCAUUUGCCAGUGGACAAGGGCAAUGUAUGUGUAUCAUUUUGUAGCAAAGGCGGUUGAGCCCAAAAGGCAAGCUCUUCAGGAGGUCAGGGAUGAUUUAGCCGUCACCCAACAAAUGUUAGAUGAUUCCAAAGCAAAGCUGGCAGCCGUUGAGGGUGGAAUUGCUGCUUUACAGGCAAAGUAUGACGCCUGCAUAGCAAGGAAGAAUGAACUGGAGUAUCAGUAUGACCUGUGUGAAAAACGGAGAGUUCGUGCAGAUAAGCUCACAGGAGGACUUGCUGAUGAGAAAGUGCAUUGGAAGGAAACUGUACAAAAUUUGGAUUACAUGGUCAAUAAUGUGACAGGAGAUGUGCUUCUGUCCGCUGGUUAUGUGGCAUACUUGGGACCCUUUACUGGGGAGUAUAGGGCUAUGAUGGCUGAGGAGUGGCUUCAUUGUUUCAAGGAGUUAAAUGUUCCCCACACUAAAGAACCCAACUUGAUCAACACACUUGGAGAUCCAGUGAAGAUUCGCUCAUGGCAGAUUGCAGGUUUGCCAAAUGAUAACCUUUCAGCAGAGAAUGGUGUGAUUGCCCAAUAUUCUUUGCGCUGGGCUCUUUUCAUUGACCCUCAAGGAAAAGCCAAUAAGUGGAUUAAAAACAUGGAACGAGGAAAUGGACUUGAGGUUUUGAAGCUUAGUGACAAUGACGUCCUGCGCAGUCUAGAGCACGCGAUACGGUUUGGCAAACCCGUCCUCUUGGAAAACGUGGGAGAGGAACUUGAUCCUGCUUUGAAACCUGUUUUGUUACAGCAGACCUUUAAGCAGUCAGGCAGCACAAUGCUCAAGCUUGAUGAUUCAGUAAUCCCAUAUCAUGAAAACUUCAAAAUGUAUAUUACCACCAAGCUCCCAAACCCACACUACUCCCCAGAAGUCUCUACCAAAGUUACACUGAUAAACUUCACUUUAUCACCAAGUUGACUUCAGGACCAGUUCCUCGGCCAAUUUGUGGCUAUAGAGUGUGCAGACUUAGAGGAAGCUAAAAAUCAGCUCAUUGUUAGUAAUGCUCAAAUGAAACAGGAGCUAAAAGAGAUUGAGGAUGAGAUAUUGCUGCGACUCAGCUCUACAGAAGGAAACCCUGUGGACAAUGAGAAACUUAUUCAGGUUUUAGCAGCUUCCAAAGUCAAAGCAGAAGAAAUUA